UCUACCGCGGCGAUCAGAACACACGUGUGAAGCCUCUCUCCCCCGCGGCGAUCAGAACACACGUGUGAAGCCUAUCUCCCUUACCAUUCAGAAAAGAAUAAUAGCGGAAGGAAGGGCAGUUCUGUGAGGCUGGCAGAUGAUAAUGAAGAGGUCACAUUUUUGUAAAGACCCAAACUGUUCGGAAAAUCCUUUGAAGUCUUGUGAAGGCUGUGACGUUGAGAUGAAGCCUAAUGGGGAUCUUGGGAGAAAACUGGAUAGUCAGGGGAUGAUGAUGAUGAUCCAGAGAUUACAUCUGUGCUGAGAACUGCUUUGUUAGGAGUUACACAGUUGGAGAACACCAGUUGACAGGCCAUAAAGUGGCAGUUAAGAUCUUAAAUAGACAGAAGAUUCGCAGUUUAGAUGUUGUUGGAAAAAUAAAACGAGAAAUUCAAAAUCUUAAACUCUUUCGUCAUCCUCAUAUUAUCAAACUAUACCAGGUGAUCAGCACCCCAACAGACUUUUUUAUGGUGAUGGAAUAUGUGUCUGGAGGUGAAUUAUUCGACUACAUCUGUAAACAUGGGCGGGUUGAAGAGGUGGAAGCCCGGCGGCUCUUUCAGCAGAUCCUGUCUGCUGUGGAUUACUGUCACAGGCAUAUGGUUGUCCAUCGGGACCUGAAACCAGAAAAUGUGCUUCUGGAUGCUCAGAUGAACGCUAAGAUUGCUGACUUUGGACUAUCUAAUAUGAUGUCAGAUGGUGAAUUUCUGCGAACCAGCUGUGGAUCACCGAACUAUGCAGCACCUGAGGUCAUCUCAGGAAGGCUGUAUGCAGGCCCCGAGGUUGAUAUCUGGAGCUGUGGCGUUAUCCUGUAUGCCCUUCUUUGCGGCACCCUCCCCUUCGAUGACGAGCACGUGCCUACACUCUUUAAGAAGAUCCGAGGGGGUGUGUUUUAUAUCCCGGAAUAUCUCAACCGCUCUGUUGCCACUCUGCUGAUGCACAUGCUACAGGUGGACCCCUUAAAGCGAGCAACUAUCAAGGACAUCCGAGAACAUGAAUGGUUUAAACAGGAUUUGCCCAGUUACCUAUUUCCUGAAGACCCCUCCUAUGAUGCUAACGUCAUUGAUGAUGAGGCUGUGAAAGAAGUAUGUGAAAAAUUUGAGUGUACAGAAUCAGAAGUAAUGAACAGUUUAUAUAGUGGUGACCCUCAAGACCAACUCGCGGUGGCUUACCAUCUUAUCAUUGACAAUCGGAGAAUAAUGAACCAAGCCAGUGAGUUCUACCUCGCCUCUAGUCCUCCAACUGGUUCUUUUAUGGAUGACAGUGCCAUGCAUAUUCCCCCAGGCCUGAAACCACAUCCUGAAAGGAUGCCACCUCUUAUAGCAGACAGCCCCAAAGCACGGUGUCCUUUGGAUGCACUGAACACAACUAAGCCCAAAUCUUUAGCUGUGAAAAAAGCCAAGUGGCAUCUUGGAAUCCGAAGCCAGAGCAAACCAUAUGAUAUUAUGGCUGAAGUGUACCGAGCUAUGAAGCAGCUGGAUUUUGAAUGGAAGGUAGUGAAUGCCUACCAUCUUCGAGUAAGAAGAAAAAACCCUGUGACUGGCACUUAUGUGAAAAUGAGCUUGCAGCUUUACCUGGUUGACAAUCGGAGCUAUCUUUUAGACUUUAAAAGCAUUGAUGAUGAGGUGGUAGAGCAGAGGUCUGGUUCCUCAACACCUCAGCGGUCCUGUUCUGCUGCUGGCCUGCACAGACCACGGUCAAGCUUUGAUUCCACCACAGCUGAGAAUCACUCACUCUCGGGUUCCCUCACUGGCUCUUUGACUGGAAGCACUUUGUCUUCAGCUUCCCCCCGCCUGGGCAGUCACACCAUGGAUUUUUUUGAAAUGUGUGCCAGUCUGAUCACUACUUUAGCUCGUUGAUAAUCUACCACUGGUUUCUUUCUUUCUGUUACUGCACUGUGAAAAUCACAUAUACUCUUAAAAAUUAGUAUCUCACUUUUGGGUAUUACAUACUCUGCAAUAUAAAUUGAUGUGAAUAUCCCCAGGUGACAUGCCGUGUAUUGAAAUUACCGGAAACACAGAAGUCUGGCACCUUGUUUACUUUUAGAACUCUAUUAUUCUACUGUGCCUAUGAUAAAUUUGAAUAGGUAGUACCUUUAAUGGAUAAGUGUUGAUGAUGUUUGCUAAUUUAUACUUGUGAGCACUACACGUGAUGAGCACACUUCACUGACGGACCAGCUAAUUAGGAGUGGUGGUACCUUCUUCCUCAUGUGUAGUUUGCUUUUUAAAUUUCAAAAGGUGUUAGACUAUCUAGGCACUCAGUUUUCUUGCACAAGAAGAUUAAGAAAUAGAAUGUGCUAAUCAAA